GAAGGAAAAAAAACUUUGGCUCACAUCGACAUUUUCAAAGCCUGACGCAUUUUGGCCUCUUUACCGCAGAUUGCCUCCUAGUGCGACGAGAUUAGUUACGGAAACUAGCAUUGCUAGGUAGCUAUCCCCGUUUAGAAACUUCGACCUUAUUUUCACCCAUAUUGUGACUGGAUAGACCAUAGUCUUAUUUACGACAUAUGCAGUCCUACUAGCAGGGGAAGAUGUUCAACAAGUCGUUUGGUGCUCCCUUUGGGGGAGGGACUGGAGGAUUUGGGACGUCAUCCACAUUUGGGCAACAAAACACUAGCUUUGGGGCGGCAACAGGUGGCUUCGGAGCCUCAGCGUUUGGGGCGACCAACAACACUGGAGGACUCUUUGGGGCAACGCAGAAUAAACCAGUGGUGACAGCCAAUCCUCAGCAAAUCCACACUGGUGCAGGUAGAGGAGGUGGCCUAUUUGGUUCCAGUACCUUCAGCCAGCCUGUGACAUCAUCCACCAGUAGCGGCUUUGGCUUUGGCGCGCCCAGCGGCACCUCCACCAGCCUGUUCGGCAGCACCAGCACGGGCGGCGGCGGAGGACUCUUCUCCCAGCAGAGCAAUGCCUUCGGCGCCGCCAAGCCAGCCUCUUUUGGCACGUUCGGUACGAGCACGGCCAGCAGUGGGGGGCUGUUUGGGGCAACCAACUCCAACCCUUUCGGAGGGGCGUCUACCUCCCUGUUCGGAGCAUCAGGGUUUACCCAGCAGGCUGCCCAGCCAGGCACCACCGUCAAGUUCAACCCUCCAACAGGAAGUGAUACCAUGGUGAAAGGGGGUGUGACGACAAGCAUCAACACCAAGCACCAGUGCAUCACGGCCAUGAAGGAGUAUGAGAACAAAUCACUGGAGGAGCUGAGGUUUGAGGACUACCAGGCAGGGAGGAAGGGACCCACUAACCCUAUGGCUGCACCAACAGGGGGUCUCUUUGGGCCUGCAGCCGCAGCCACCCCCAGUACGGGGACUACAGGGCUGUUUGGCUCCUCAGCCACUAACACAGGCUUCUCCUUCGGCCAGGCCAAAACCUCCUUCGGAACUAGUGCGGGUGGGUUUGGUGCAGCCACAGGCAGUCUGUUUGGGCAGCAGCAGCCCCAGCAGGUCCAGCAGGCAGUCAGCCUGUUCAAGCCCUUCGGCCAGGCCACGACCACCCCCAACACAGGCUUCUCCUUCGGCAGCACCAUGGGCCAGCCCCAACAAACCAGCACCAUGGGGGGUCUGUUUGGGGCCACGGCAGCGUCCCAGGCAGGGGGGUUGUUUGGAAACACUGCUCAGACCGCACCAGCUACGGGCUUUGGGACAGGCACCGGACUCUUUGGACAAACCAACACCGCUUUCGGCAACGUCGGCACACAGCAGGGCUUGUUUGGUAAUAAAACGGCAGGGUUUGGUGUCACCACCACCAGCGCCCCGUCGUUUGGCACGGGCACCGGCCUCUUCGGCAACAAACCUGCCCUCUCUCUCGGAACAGCUACCAACACAUCCAACUUUGGUUUUGGACCCACUGCUGCUGGUGGAAGCCUUUUUGGGAACAAGACUGCAGCAGGAGGACUAGGGACUGGGCUGGGAGCCAGCUUUGGAGCAGUAGGCACUGGUCAGAUGUCUCUGUUUGGGAAUAACAAGACGCUGGGUUCCACUCUGGGAACAAUGGGAGGUUUUGGAGUGCAGGGAUUCAGCACAGGAAACAGCACUCUGGGAUUCGGAGCGCCACAACAGCCCGUUGCGGUGACGGACCCUAACGCGGUGGCAGCCCAGCAGGCAGUGCUGCAGCAGCAGAUCAAUGCUCUGGCCUACUCCCCCUUCGGAGACUCCCCCCUCUUCAGAAACCCCCUCUCUGAUCCCAAGAAGAAGGAGGAGCGUCUGAAGCCCACCAAUCCGGUGGCCCAGAAGGCGUUGACCACACCAACACACUACAAACUGACACCGCGACCUGCGACACGUGUGCGGCCCAAAGCUCUGACAUCAUCGGGCUCCUCCAAGUCCCAGCUGUUUGAUGGGUUGGAUGACGACGAGCCUUCCCUCACCAACGGUGCCUUCAUGCCCAGGAAGAACAUCAAGAAGCUGGUGCUGAAGAACCUGAAUGGCAGCAGCCUGUACAGCAGCCCAAUCAACAGAGACUCCGACGACCUGUCUUCUCCACCAGAGUACCCCCUCAACGGACUCGGUGCCAGUGUGGACGAGGAUGAUGAUGUGAGGGAGGUGGUGGAGGGAGGAGCCGAGAACGACCUGGAGAUCAAGUUCUACGCCAAGCCCAACCUACAGGACACUAUCUCAGAGCUCAAUGCCCAUAGGAUGGGGGCUGGGGGCAGGAACGGGCUUGAGGUGAGCAGCGAGGACAUAUCGCUGGGAGAUGACUCCAUACAGGAGGAGCGAGUGGAGGGCCCCCCCCACCCUGCAGGUAUCGUUCUGGGCCGUGUGGGCUACUACACCAUCCCUGCCAUAGACGAGCUGGCCAAAAUGGUGGACGAAAACGGGGUGUGUGUGGUGGAAAACUUCACCGUGGGCAGAAAAGGUUACGGCUCUGUGUUCUUCCAUGGUGAGGUGAACGUGACUGGGCUGAACCUGGAUGAGAUUGUCCACUUCAGACGUAAAGAGGUCAUCGUCUACCUUGACGACAAGAACAAGCCCGCUGAGGGGGAGGGGCUCAACAGGCGAGCAGAGGUGACUCUGGAUGGGGUGUGGCCUAAUGAUAAGACCACCUGUACUCAAAUAAAGAGCCCUGAGCGUCUGUCUGAGAUGAACUACGAGGGCCGCCUGGAGAAUGCCUCACGCAAACAGGGCGCCCGCUUCCUCGAGUACCGCUCGGAGACGGGGUCCUGGGUGUUUGAGGUGGCCCAUUUCUCUAAGUACGGCCUGCAGGACUCUGACGAGGAUGAGGAAGUCCCUCUCAAAUUGGACCCCAAGAAGCUGAAGACGGCAACAAGACUUCCACCAGGGCUGCUGCAGCUGCCUCCCUCCCAGCAGCAGGUGGCACCACAGGCUCAGUCCACAGCAGUGCUGGAGCUGCUGAAUCGCAUGUCGGAGGUGGACAGUGAUAUGGCCGACAUUACCCAGGAUGCCCCAGGGGAGAGCAUGUUGCGGGAGGAGGAAGGGGAGAGUGGCAUGGGGGAGAAGGGAAGUCGGCUGGGGAAUGUGACCCCUUCGGAACACGACUCUGUCUCAGCGUCCAGUCAGAUCGCCUCCUCGCUGGGGAUCAACCCUCACACACUACAGAUUAUGAAGGCAUCCCUUUUUGCUGAGGCCGAUGAUGGUGACAUGUUCCAGGAGCAGGGAGGGAUGACAAGUUCUCUAGAUGUGGCCUCUCCUCGCAUCCACCUGCCUGGCACGCAGGGCAGGCCCUCAAUCGGUGGUCUCCUGCAGACUCGUUUCAGCGGUGCCGGUCUCUUUCAGCACCCUGACGUGCCCUUCGGUGGGGGCCUUCCCGGCAGGCUGUCCAUGUCUCGGGUGUCGCCGGCGGUGCCUGAGCCUUCGCGGGUCUCCCCCUGGCCCUCUUUUCUUUUGCUAGCCCCACCGGCCGAGGCCACUGUACGGACAGUAGGGGCUCGGCGCCUGGGGGGACCUGUGGACCCAGAGAACUCAGUCACACUGGGGAAGGGCCGUCUUCUGAUGGAUGCGGCUUUGUUCACGGGCCGGUCAUUUCGGGUGGGCUGGGGUCCUGGCUGGACUCUGGUCCACUGUGGAGACGGGCUAAGUGGGGCCGGGGACAAGGAGCAGGACCACGGAGACACAGGAGCUGCAGGCUUUGGAUUCCUGCCCAAACCUGCCAAGAGUAGACUACUGUCAGACAGUCCAUUCAAGGUGGUGAUUGAGCAGGUGGUUGGUCUGGAGCCGCGGAACAGUGAGGAGAGCCAAGCGGUGUACCAGCGGCCCCUGGAGAUCAGCCUGAAGCACAGCAGCAUCAGUACAGAGGGGGCCUGCCCCUUCAUCCAACCCCAGAGCGGUGUGGCCGCCCUGCACGAGUACGCAGAGUGGAUUACUGACCUCAACCAGGAGGCUGGGGCUGGAGAUGCAGUCCUGGGUCACUGGGCUCAGGUGUGGACUCUGUGUGAGGCCCUGUGGGGCCGACGGUGUUCGGCAGGGCCUGGUACCAGUGGCUACCUGCAGCAGAUGGAGAGGAGAAGGAGCUUCUCAGCCUGGCUGUCCCACAGUGCCACCCAGAGGAUUGAGCAGGAAGUGGGCCUGAACCAGGGGGGAGGAAACGUGGAGGCCAUCUUUAGCUACCUGACUGGACACCGGAUCAGUGACGCCUGCAGGCUGGCUCAGAAGAGUGGGGACCACCGUCUCUCCCUGCUGCUGUCCCAGGCGGUGGGCUCUCAGUACGGCCGGGAGCUGCUGACACUGCAGCUUGGAGACUGGAACAGGAUGCAGACAGACUCUUUCCUGCUGGAGGAGAGGCUACGGAUCUUUGCACUUCUCGCUGGGAAACCUGUGUGGCAGUCUACAGACGGUGUGGUGAAUGUGUGUUCAGAACUGGACUGGAAGCGUUGUAUGGCGGUCCACCUGUGGUACAUGCUGCCUCCCACCGCCUCCAUUGCUGAAGCCCUGGUGAAGUACGAGGCUGCCUUCCAGGGCUCUGCUGAGGGUCAGAAGUAUGCCUGCGCCCCCCUUCCCCCCUACCUCGACCAAUCAGACCAGCCGGACAUGGAGGAGGAAGAGUCUAAACGGCCGCUUUACGAUAUCUGCUUCCACCUGCUCAAACUCUACAGCAACAGGCACUACAGCCUGCAGCAGUUGUUGGACCCCCUGGCGGUGACGUGGGAUCGUCUUGACUACCGUCUGAGCUGGCAUCUGUGGUCGGUCCUGCAGGCGCUGCACUACACACACCUCAGCCCGGCCCGACAGGGCCUCAUACACACCAGCUAUGCUGCCCAACUGGAGAGUGCUGGCCUCUGGGACAUGGCCAUCUACGUACUGCUGCACAUACCUGACAACACGCUGCGUGAGCGGGCGGUGAGGGAGAUGCUGCAGCUGCACUGCCCCCUGCUGGAGACUGAGGAGUCUGCCAAGAAAGAGCACUUUCUCACAGAGAGACUACUGAUCCCAGAACAGUGGCUCCACCAGGCCAAAGCUACCAGAGCCAGAAGAGACACAGACAGACACAGAGAGGCCCUUCACCUGUACAGAGCAGGACACUGGAACCUCUGCCACAGUCUGGUCAUGCAGCACCUUGCCUCAGGUGUGCAUGUGAGCACGCACGCGCACGCACACACACCCAGACAACCUCUAACCCUGUUUCCCUGUCUCUGUGCGAUUGCCCUUGUAGAUUGCAUCAUUAAUGAUAAUCAUGAGUACCUCUUGAAGUUCCUGGAGGGGCUUGCAGUUCCUGAGUGCAGUGCUGUGAUCCAGGACUGGGACACGGCGGGCAGAGUCUACCUGGACUACAUCAGAGUCGUACAGACCCUACACGCCAUACAACAGAUGGACAGUACUGGUUAUGAGCUGGAGUGUCUAUACACUGAGGUGAGGUCACUCUGCAGCAGGAUAGAGCUCCUCCCUUGCUCCACCGCCAAGGACCACCUCGCCCAAUCAGAGAUGGCCAAGCGUGUGGCUAACAUCCUGCGUGUGGUGUUGAGUCUGCAGCAGGGUGGUGAGGGUGGCGAGAUCCCCUUGUCCCAGCUUGCGUCCAACAUCGGCCGUCUGCCCAUGCCCGAGGACUAUGCUCUCGAGGAGCUCCGCAGUCUCACCCAAUCAUAUCUGAGACAGCUCAUUGUCAGCUAAUGAUCUGCCCCCUGCCCAAUAGCAACUGAGGUAGUUUCUUGGAAGCCAAUGAGAACAGUGGGGGUAGGGGACUAUCUGGGACAGUUUAGUAGAACUACUGGGGUUUGGUAUGAAUGCAGCGAUGGACUUGAUGUGUGCUCCUUUGGGACUUUGGUUUCUCCUGAAGAAAAUGGCACAAGAUUAUUGGAUGAAGCAUUCCUCAGUGUGUGGAAAUGAAUGACUUGCAAGUUUUUGUAUAGCUCUGUUGUACUUAGUUUGUGUAAGAUGUGUUUAAAAAUUGAACUGCUGAACCCUCCUAAUACUCACCUUUCCCAGCGUUUGACCCUGUUUAAAGGGACAAUCUCAUUGGCUGGUGUGUGUACAGCCAGUAUAAAUGCUUUCUGCAAACUGUUUGACUUGUUUUACAUCAACGUGGAAACUUAAAGGUCAUUAUAGUAAGAUUGGUUCGGGAGCUGUCAGGGAUGAACUGUCUAUGUGUAUACGUAGGGAAGAUCUAUAGCUGAAAAUGGACAAGACUCAUUGUAAUAUUGUACAAAUAGCAGGCUUGAAAUGAACAAUUCUUGUUUUUGGAUACCAAAAGACAGAGAAAAUGUAAAAUGAGAAUGGAUAAACUUAUAUUUUUGUAGUUUUUUGUUGUAUAUUGUCUGAAACCCAGAGUAUGUGUGUAGUUUAUUGGAAUGGAAUCUAACUAGCACUUCAUCACAUAUGUUUCAGAUUUCUAUUUUAUGGGGACUACCAGAGCUGGUUUUUGUAAUCAGUGAUCCAACAAUAGUUUGUUUUUAAUGAGCCAAUCCAUUUUCUCGGGUCUUUGCAAGGAGUUUGAAGGAUAUUUUAAAUAUUAUUUACAAGUCCUUGGUGUUACCACCCUCCAAUCUCAUUCUUUGUUCCCCUUUCUCUCUAAUUUUCUGUAUGUAGAUUUUUCAAGAGAAAUGUACUUAUUGAUUGAUGUGCUGCUGCCGCAGUAUAUUUUGGGUGGGAGACCGCUCCCCUCGUGCACAGUGCCUUUUACGAGGAAGGUCUCCGGACUUCUGUUGCUGCCGUUGCUUUGUGCACGAUUGUGAUGGUGAUAACAUUUUUAUUAGUCUGAAUAAAAUGCAUUCUAUUUUCUCCUGAA